AUGGCGUCUUCACCAGAAAUCGCAGAAUCUAUUCCCAGUUCCAUUCCUCUGGGUUCGGCUUCUUCGAGCUCUUCGAAUCCUCGGGAUCCCUAUUCCGAUCCUCUUUUUCUACAUGCUGCCGAUUCGUCCAGCGUAUUUCUCGUUUCGGAGAAGCUUCGGGGUGAGGCCAACUAUGGCGUUUGGUCACGCGAUGUUCGGAAGGCUCUUUUGGCCAAGAAUAAGCUUGGUUUUAUUCUCGGCACUCUGCCUCAACCAGUGGACAAUGAGGAAGACUCAGGUUCGUGGUUACGUUGCAAUGCUAUGGUGGGUACUUGGUUGAACAACUCUGUUUCUCCAGAAAUUCACACUUUGAUCUCUUAUAUGGAAGAUGCUCAUGAAAUCUGGACCCAUUUACAGCGCUGUUUUCAUCAGACUAACGUUUCUAAGAUUUAUAGCAUUCAACAUCAGAUUGACAAUUUGUAUCAGGGUUCUCUUGAUCUGAACACAUAUUUUACCAAAUUAAAUGCCUUAUGGGAAGAGUUGAAACAUUAUGAGCCUUUGCCUGUCUGCUGCUGUAAGGGUUGUACUUGUGGGGGGUGCAAAUGUCGUAUUGCUGAUCAGUGGUCAAGUCUGUUUGCUAGACGGAAUGUUGUCCGUUUUCUGAUGCGUUUGAAUGAUUCUUUCUCGGCUGCUAGACGUCAGAUCUUGAUGACUGACCCUUUACCUGAUAUUACCAGAGCUUUUAACCUUGUUGCUCAGGAAGAGCAGCAGAAACUUAAUGUUUCGACCAUACCAGAUGCUGUUGCCUUCCAAACCACCACAAAUACCUCCCGUUCUUCUUAUGCUUUCCCUUCUUCCAUUCCUCCCACCAAGCCUUCUAUCCCUGUUUCUUCCAACUCUCGCCCUAGACCUGUUUGUUCACACUGUGGUAUAACAGGACACGUUGUGUCUCGUUGCUUUCGUCUUCAUGGCUAUCCACCAGGCUAUAAGACAAAUUCUGGAUGGAAUCCCCGCUCACCCUCUAAACCUCGACCUCAGUCCUUUGAUAAGUUUCAGACCAGGGUGAAUAUGGUUGAUUCGGCUGUAGUUCCUACUGAUACCUCAGCACGAGUUGUUUCCAGUGAUCAUGCAGGACAGAACACUUUGGAGCAGGUUCAGUCUCUUUUAGCUCAGCUGUUUUCUCAGCAAAAGGGUCAAGGUCCCUCUGUCAUGGACUCAAAUUUUGCUAUGCCUACUCCACCCUCACCAGGUAUUAUACUUUCUCACUUUAUUUCUUCCACCUCUGAUUCAUUUCUUACCUUUCCCUCGGCUGUUUGGAUUUUAGACACAGAAGCUAGUACUCAUGUUGGUUGUGAUUUGGACUUGUUCUCUGAGAUUCAUGACAUACCAGCUGUAUCUGUAUCACUCCCAAAUCAUACUUCCAUUUCUGUUUCUCAAUCUGGAACUGUUAUACUUUCUUAUAUUUAA